CUCUGGUUUUGGCGCGCCGCGUUCAGCUUGUCUGCACGCACAGAUGCAAAUACGCAUAACUUAAGCAGUGAUAAAUAUACCAGCGAUCACUGUGUUGCAGCGCUGCUACGCAAACGCUGGUUUUAGCACGUCUACAUAGCAUAGCACAAUAGCAGCAGCUCCCAAGCUGAACGCCGCGCUAAGACAAAUGGCAUUCGUGCAACCAUUCACGAACCUCAAUCCAAGGCGUCCAAGACGCCAGCCCACGAGCGUCGUCCGCACCGACCAGCCGAGCAAGAUCUACGCGGCUGCGCUGCGCGAGGUGCUCGCCUGGGAGAAUAGCUCAGAAGAGGGCGAGGCCGACGGCGCGCCGCCGCGCGACGACUCCGUCAGUAGUUAUGUAGACGCCUGGGUCGGCGCGUGGCUGCGCGAGACGCGCGCUGAUGUUGCGUCAUCACCAAGAGGCGCGUGGCGCGAGGUUAGGGUGGCCCUGGAGAACGCCGGCGCGCACGAUGCUGAUAGAGGUGCCUUCGCGCCCCUGAAAAUUUAUGGAAGACUCGGCGACCCGGCGCGGGAUGACUUGGUUGCGCUCAAGCAGGACAGCACAAAAAUACUCUGCGUACUAACGAAGCGCGACGGCGCGGCGGACGCGGCCCGCGUCGGCGCGCGGAAAUUACUGGGCCCGGGCGGCGUCCAGGCCACGUGCCAAUUUCAAACCAUAACGGGGCUGACGCCGUCGUUACGAGAACUCGACGCAUUAGCGCACGUUCCGUUGCUGAGCCCGAGGCUACGCGAAGCUUUAGUAUCAAAGCAGACGCGGCCGGUCACCGUCCAGACGAAGCGCACGGACUUAGGCGAGCACGCCGCCGCGGCGGCCUGCUGCGCGAGGUUAGACGCUCUUGUUUCAAGGAGCGGCUUCUCAAAACAUGCGCGUACGAAGUGCAACCCUAGUCAAUUAGAAGCGAUCGUCCACGCCGUCGGCGGCUUUGCGCAUGAUAGUGAAGAUAUCACACUGAUCCAGGGCCCGCCAGGCACGGGAAAAACUACAACCUUAGUAGUCUGUGUCAACGCGCUCCACAACGCCCAGUACCAGACCUACUACCAGGAAGUUUUAAGGGAGGCCAUCCACAAGGACGAUCUGGUGCGGCAGGCGGGCUGGAAGAAGUGUGCCAGGAGAUGUGAGUGGCUCGAGAAGUUACGACACUUGAAACCUAGGAUACUCAUAGCCGCACCGUCGAACGUUGCGGUUGAUAAUGUAGUGCAAAAAAUCGUUCAAUUAGGCUUCGUCGACGGUACGGGUUCGAAGUACAACCCGGACAUUGUACGCGUUGGGCGCGGGUCGGUCGGUGCUGGGGUGGCGUCCUUAGAUGCUCGAGUUGAUGAUUUCUUAACUAAGGACGUGGACUGGCUGCAGAAUGAAGCUCAAAGGGCGGAGAAGAGAAGGAAUAGAGCUUUAGAAGAUGCUAAUUUAGCGAGGCACCUGCUGCAGCUGUUCUCCGAGGCACCUUCACAAAUACCGAAGGGCUGGGAGGUGCGCGUGCACCCGGCGCCGCCCGCGUAUAAUCAGGGGCAGUACGAUCGGCUCGAACCCUUACAAGCGCACGAAGUGGCGCACAUUUAUUACGUCGAUCACGCGAAUAAGAGAACGACCCUUAAACCACCUUCAGUAAAAAUGGGCCAAGAGUGUAUAUCAGAGUACUACGAACGGACGCACUGCCGGAAAUGGCUGCUGCACUCCUUAGAAGCGUGGGCCCACGAGGGCACUUUACUUGAUAGAUGUCGUACUGCUUUAAACAAAGGCGUCUCGCGAGACCCUACCAAGAGAGCGCUCCAACAGUCCUUCCUCGCCGACGCCGAGAUCGUGUGUUCGACCUUACACGGCUGCGGCCACGGGUCGUUGGAAGAUGCUAGAUUCCGAGCUGUCGUGAUUGAUGAAGCUGCGAACGCGACGGAGCCGGCCGUUUUGUGUGCUUUACGAAGACUGGAGCAGGGUCGAGUUGUAUUAGUAGGCGACCCUAAACAAUUGCAGGCCGUGCGCAAGUUCAGUGGAGACGCCUGGGCCGGGGCGUCGCUGUUUGAAAGGCUAGCUUCACAAGGAACUCCAGUACGUUUACUAGAUACGCAGUACCGCAUGCAUCCUACGUUAUCGUCCUACUGUUCGCAGGCGUCCUAUAACGGGUUGCUGCGGGACGGGCUACCUUUAUCGACGUUCAAACCGUCGACAUGUGCUGCAUUAGGGCCGCUCUCCUUCUUGAAUCUCGCGACGUCCGCCGAGAAACAGUCGUCGACGCAAUCUAGAUCAAAUCCGGAAGAAGCGAAGCUGUGUCGCAAGGUCUAUGAUGCGUUACAGGCGCGGGACGUGGCGGUCGUGACGUUCUACCGCGACCAACUGAAGGAGCUAAGGCGCGUCUUCGGGGACGUGUCGAAGAAACUCGUGGAGAUUGAUACCGUGGACGCGUUUCAAGGAAGGGAGAAGGACUAUGUUAUUGUCUCAUGCGUGCGCGCGGGCGACGAGGGCGUGGGCUUCUUGAGAGAUGAAAGGCGGCUGAACGUCGCCUUGACGCGCGCGAAGCACGGGUGCGUCGUUAUUGGUCGCGAGGCGACGCUGCGCACGGAUCCAAGGUGGCGGGGGUUAUUGGAAGCUGCUUGCAUCGUGGACGUGGCGUCUUCUGACGCGGCGCUGGAGCUGUUGGGGGCUCGUGGAGCUCCUGUGCUCGGCAAGCGGCGGCGCGAGGAGGCCGAGGACGGUGAGCUGGAGGAUGUGGGGAUCUUGUAGUGUCCUUCCGAUGUGUGUUGUGUAAUUUGUCUCAAGUUC